AUGGACUCCAUCAAGAACGCGAUUUCCGGCAACAGCUCCGGCGGCAACAGCUCCGGCGGCAACAACCAGCAGGGCAACCAGGCUGCCGGCCAGGACUAUGGUGACAAGGCCUUCGCUGCUGGUGCUAAGGCGAGCGGUCACGAGAUGUCCGCCGGCACUGAGGAGAAGAUCACCGAUGCUGGACGUGGGGUCUACGAGAAGAUCUCUGGCAACAAGGUCGACCCCAAGUUCUCCAACUAG